AUGGAUCCUGAUAGUGCCCCCGGGCUUGAUGGAUUAACAGCUAAGUUCUUUCAAACUUGUUGGGGAAUGGUAGCCCCUGGUGUUACUAAUGUGUUUCACUCUAUUUUUUGUGGCUCUAACUUGCCUAAAUGUGGAGACAAGAGGUCUCUAACAUUAAUGAUGGACACUCUUAGCACUUAUGAGAGAGUUUGUGGACAACAAAUCAACAAGCUCAAGUCUAGUGUGUCUUUAUCUGGAAAUGAACAUAUUCAAGCUAUCACAAAGAUUGAAGAAAUAACAAGAAUGGAGUACAAAAAACUUCCAAUCAAAUACCUAGGGUGUCCUCUCUAUGAAGGAAGGAAGAACACUGUCUUAUUUUCUGAAAUGAUGGGUAAAAUUUUGAACAGGACUGGAGGCUGCCAUACUAAAAUGUUAUCAGUUGGUGGAAGAGCCGUCUUGAUCAAACAUGUGUUGUUGUCCUUACCAGUUCAUAUGUUGGCAGCUAUUCACCCUCUUAUUGGUGUUCUAAAUCAAAUCGAAAAAAUGCUCAAUAAAUUCUUUUUAAGAGGUACAAAUGAGAUAAAAAAAAUGCACUGGGCCUCCUGGAAAAUUUAUGCUUCCCCUAUGAGGAAGGUGGAGCAGGUUUUAGAAGAUUACAAGACAUAUGCAAAGCUUUUACAAUAA